UGGUUGUCGUGAGCAGAUAGGUCAAAUCGUUGAGUCAGCUGAUUGCUCGUGAUAAACUGUUCACAUGACUUUAAAGAGAAGUUACAGUGCAUCUGCACCGGAUGGGUGAUUAUAGUUUUAUAGUUUAUAUUACUUGGGGUUAAAGUUCGGAACGGAGUAGUACAACAAGAACAAGAUAUUGGUUAAAUAAUGCCAUCUAAUAAAUCUGUGUCUGAUGCAUUGAUCACCCAGUUCAAAAACUGCCACAUUUUGAAAGACCACAAGUUACAAAGAGAGGAUCUGUGGAUUCGACAGGGAAAAAUCCUGAAUCCUGAGAAGCUUUUCUUUGAUGAGAAGGGCUUUGCUGAUGUUCAAGUUGAUUGCCAAGGUACAAUUUUGGCACCUGGCUUCAUAGACGUGCAGAUUAAUGGAGGUUAUGGUGUAGAUUUUUCCAUAAUGACCGAUGAAGUCAGCUCUGGUAUCUUACUGGUUGCAAAGAAGUUGCUGUCUCAUGGUGUCACAUCCUUCUGUCCUACUCUUGUAAGCUCUCCACCAAGUGUCUAUCACAAGGUUUUGCCUCAGAUCAAGAUACAUGAUGGAGGUCCAGAUGGAGCAGGGGUCUUAGGUGUCCACUUGGAAGGACCCUUUAUCAGUAAGGAAAAGAAAGGUGCCCACCCUGAACACUGCUUGAGGACAUUUCAAAAUGACAUUCUCCAGGAGUUGUCGGACAUGUAUGGAUCCAUUGAUAAUGUCAUCAUUCUAACACUUGCUCCAGAGAUAAGGGGAAGUAAGGAUGUAAUCCGGGAGAUGGUCAGAAGGGGGAUCACUGUCUCUCUAGGUCAUUCGAUAGCGAACCUGUCACAAGCAGAGGAAGCUGUUAUAGAAGGAGCUAGUUUUAUUACUCAUCUCUUCAAUGCUAUGUUGCCAUUUCACCACAGAGAUCCAGGAAUUGUGGGACUGUUAACAAGUGAUCGCAUACCUGCAGGGCGCACCGUAUUUUAUGGGAUGAUUGCAGAUGGAAUCCAUACAAACCCUGCUGCUCUAAGGAUUGCACAUCGUGCACACCCUAAAGGUCUGGUUUUGGUGACAGAUGCCAUCACAGCAAUGGGACUGCCUCCAGGACGGCACACUCUAGGUCAGCAGGUCAUAGAGAUUGAAGGAUUACAUGCGUACGUGGCGGGUACAAAAACGCUCAGUGGUAGUAUAGCAACAAUGGACAUGUGUGUCAGACAUUUUCUUGGGGCAGCAGGGUGUAGUCUGGAAUCUGCACUGGAGGCUGCAUCACUACAUCCUGCACAGCUGCUGGGAAUCGAACACCGUAAGGGCACCUUAAACUAUGGAGCAGAUGCAGAUUUUGUUCUUCUAGACAAAGAAUUGAAUGUGAAGGCUACCUACAUUGCUGGGCAACAAGUCUGGAAAGAAGAACGUUUUCAAAUAUGAUUUAUAUUUUCAAGCCAAGGACAGUUGAUGUUUCAAAAGAAGUUGAGUGGACCUGUUGAUUACAAACUGAAGCAUUUGCCUCCUUGUUGUAUUGCUACAAGUGCAUUUUCAAGAAGGCUGGAAUUUCUUGCCCCAUCCUUGUGCCUUGUAAACUGUACUGUAGAAUGUCAGCACAGUGGUGGCUGUUGUGAACUGUGGACUGCCGCAUAUAAAAUGUUAUGUCAUUGUCUUUUAGUUUGCAGAAAGAAUUUCUGUGCUUUAUGUAAAGAUCCAGAUAUUUUACAGCAUGGGAAAGUAAAGUAAAUUAUUCUUUACAUCUCCUCAAAUACAAGGUCAAACAUGCCUUAAGAGUCUGCAUGUCCUCCCUGUUUUCUUGUAAGUUUUCUUCAGGUGCUUCAGUUUCUUACAACAUUUCAAAGACAUGCAGUAGGUGGACCGCACAUACUCAGUUGGCCAGAAGUAAGUUGUGUUUGUGUGUGUGUGUGUGUGUGUGUGUGUGUGUGUGUGUGUGUGUGUGUGUGUGUGUGUGUGUGUGUGUGUGUGUGUGUGCACGCAAGUGCAUACGUGUGGUAUUGAAGAAUAGCCAUGGCAGGAGUAUCCACCGGGCAGUGUGAACAUUGGCUCUAGAUGAUUGUCAGUUUUGAUGUGACACCCCAACCUCAUGCAAAAGUGAAGAAAAAGGGAUUGUGGAUGGAUGGUUACACAGAUGGAUGGGUUUGCUUGAUACCCUUUUGUGAAUUGUUGGCAUACAGAGACAUAUUAGGAAGCACAUAAAUCUGCUUAGCUUAGUAUAAAAUACUAUGCAGAACUUGUACUUUGUACAGUGGAUUACAGAGCAGUGUAUACAGUGUGAUUAGCAUGUGUACAUUGCACUGUUACUGAGUAUGUAAUAGAAUGUAUACCACAAUAGGUAAUAUUGUAUAUGUUGUGCAUAUUACGUUUUGUAAAUUGCAUUGUGUGACACUGCAUGUACUCUGUACAGGACAUUAUUCAGUUUACAGCACAUUGUAUACAGCAUUGUGUAUGCUUUGUACUUUCUGGUUCUUUACAGUGCAUUUCAACAAAACGUGUACUCAAGCUUUUGGGAUGUAAAAGACAACCCAUGUCAUGUGAUAUAACUUACCUGAUGAUUUAAUGAUCUCUGAAUUAUAUAGGUUGGUUAGAUUGCAGAGAAGAAAACCUCUUAUGUGAAGGAUUUUGAGGAGGUAUACUGUUGUCUUUGAAUAGGCUUUGACGAAUGCAUUAAUGAUGAACACAGUCCUACUUCACUGUAUUAAACAAUUGUUGAAGCAGUGAGUGUAUCAUCAUUUUAUCACUGUGAAUGCUAUAAUAUAACGUGGUAUAUUUUACACUGCAUGCAGUGUAUUCAGUGCAUUGUACAACACUGUAUGCAUCAUGUACUGCACAGUUGAUAGUGCAGUUGUAUAUGGCAUUGCAUACAAUAUAUGUAGCACUUCUCUUGCACUUUGAACAGCAGUAAUAGUGUACAGUACUAUGUACAAUUUUAAUUGUGUAACUUUGUAUAUCACUGUAUAAAUUGCCUACAGUACUGCUUUUUGCAGAUUGUGCCCAGCACUGUACUGUCCACAGCAGUACAUGCACUGCAUGUAGAUUCUGUUCCAUGCAUGGCACUGUGUGUACAGCUUUAUACCCCACAAAUGUCUACACUAGGAACCGCACUGUCUGUAGAGCAUAGAGCUAUGUGUUAGAGAGCACAUCAAGCUGAUGUUUAGUAACAUACUUAGUUGUAGUGCAUUAUUUACAUUGUCUGACUAUAGUCUUGAGACAAGUGUUUUCUUGGAGCUGAAAUGCAAACAGCCUGCAGUUAUAUAAUGGCUUUCUGUCACACUGCUGUAGGCAGCCAUUCAUUGCCCAUGACAGAAUUCUUUUAGAGAAAUUUUCAUGGAUCAUGAUAGACAAAAGCAGUAAGCACAGUAUAAUUACAGUGUUGCAAUGAGAACUUAGAGACAGGCCACUAGCUAGUAUGGAAAUGGGGUAUCAAUCCAGAGUCACCCUUCUCUUGAAAUUAGUGGGUCUCAUGGAGGUGACCAUAUUUACAUUUGGUCCAGCUCCAUAGGCACAUCAUGCAGUGGCUACAGAGCUCUGUCAUUCAUUCUUAGAUCUUGCUGCUAGUAUUGAACCCCAGAUACUGUUGUUCCUUGGAUGGUGGGCAUCUGCUUACUUUCCCAAGGUAUGGUUCCCAUUCAUCCUCCAUUGAUGCAGUCACUCGUUUAUGAUACUGUUGUGGGAAGCUGGGAAGCCCAGUUUAGUUCUGUCCAGGUGCAUGGUUGAUGGCGUCUUUCAAAACAUCUUUAUAUCAGUCUCUGAGAGCUUUGUUACAGAUCAUGCAGGUUUUGGAUGUACUCUUGAAGGCCAGUGCCCCAUUGAUAAAAUCAGACAGCAAGUCAUUGACCUGGUAACUGAACACGCAAGACAGAACUAGUUCCUGUCCCUUUUUCAGUGCAGUAAUCCAGCUCUGGGAACGGUCCCCAAUUGUUGAAUUUUUCUGUUGCCAUUCUACACUCCAAGGGAGAUAAUUUCUGAUGACUUCUUGAGCUGUAGUUUGAGACCCAUCCAAGAGCAGAGUUUGCUUCAGAAAAGUGUGCAGAUGGUCUGUCAGAGGUGAGACAUUGUGGAUAAUGACUUAUUUACAAUCUGGGAUAAUGCAGUACUACUGAAGUCUAGCAUCCCUCAGUAAAGAUUGGGUGAUUAUGCACCUCCUUUAUAAGUUGGGAUUGAAGAUUCUAGAGUACAUGUUGCCAUGUCUUAGUACUAAUGUUUCUGUCAGCAAAUCCAUUAAUCUCCCAGUCUUUUUACUGAAGGCUUCAAAUUUUGUGUGGGGAGGAGGGAUCGCAUCUUAGGUGUGCACAGUUAGAUGCAACUCUACCUUUGCAUGGUAAAUCAAAUGAACAUUUGUUUGUAUGAUUUAAUUUUGGUAAGAAGCAUGCCACAAAAAAUAGAGAACCGUAUAAGUGGAUUGCUGACUUUGUUACCAUGAAGCUUCUUUAGGUAAAGAGGUUAAUGUUUCCCAUUGGUGAGAAGGAUAACUUCCAGUGCUUGAUUCAGAAGUAUGUCCACAAAGGGCGUCUGUACCAAAGCUACUUGUUCAUCAUCGUGUAUCUUAAUCAGUAUAGCUUGAAUUGCCACACCAGGAGCAGUGUCUUUUAGAAGGACAUUGCUUAUGGCUACCUUCUCCUGCAUUUCAAGCACCUUCCCCCAUUUUAAGUUUGUAUGACAUAUUUCAGAUUCUUCCCCCAGCUGUUCCAUCCAGUAUAGGAGGUCUCUCAAAUUAAGUUAAAACAGAUAUAUGAGUGUAUAUCUAAGCAGUUGAUCUUAAGAAGGGUCCACUAUAGUGUGUCUGCAUCAUUUCAAAUCUCUAAGAUGCAUGUGUCUGACUGUUCUAGCAACUCCCUGAAGCUGACACUGGGAUUUCUGUAAAUAAACAAGCAGAACUUAGUUUGAGUUACUGUAAGUAAUUGGAUACUGCUAAAGUUUCAGUACCUGUUGACUCUACCAUAGGAAUGCUGUGCACGGACUAAAGAGGGUAUGCCUCCACAAAUAUGAAGACUAUAUUCUGAAGAGCCUUCAAGAGAGUUUCUGAAAGAAGAUCCUUGCAUUACCUCACUCAAGCUGUAGAGGGCCCUUAUGAAGAUAACCUGCUGUAAUUAAAACUAACAUGACUACAGUUAGUAUUGCUACCUGGUUGAUAUUGUACAGUUGUAGAAAUGUAGAUCUGCCAGCCUCUGGGUCUUGCUUUAGGUCAUUGUCAAGUCACAGCAUUUAGACAUUGUACUUUUUCCGGUGGUGUUAGAAGGAGAACCAUCAGAGCACAAUAUCCUUUUGACUGAAAAACAUGUUAAUAUUUGUAGUUAAGGCAGAUGCCUUUAUAACUUAACUUUCUCCCUGUUCCCAAAAUGUGUACUAUAUGCUGCCUGCAUUAACAGAAGCUUUUUCUGUCUGUGCACUUAUCAUUUGGAGCUGUUUACUUCCCAGCUUCACUCCCUUAAUUCUCAGAUGAGAAUCCUUCGCCUGUCCUACACUUUCAUGGUCAUGUUCCUAUAACCUCUCACCUCUGACCUUGAUCAAUUUCAUCUCAUGAUGUGAAAUAGAAACUAUGAUCCUGGCAGCGCCAUAUUAUUAAAGAACACCCAGUCCAGUUAAAUAGGAAGCUAUCAUCAAUGUUUUGUCAAUACUUUAGCUAUUCAUCUCCUGGGAGCAUAAUAUGGUAUAUUAUAUAGCCAAGUGCUACAGUGACCCCUGGGGUUGACUAGUCUGAGCAUUAAAGUAAUCAUUGGAGAUUGUAUUGUUGUAAUAGUAGACACUUGCAUUUUAUUUCAUUUAUGUAUUUAUGUAAAAAUUAUACCGCUAUGGAACUGUUGUUAAAUAUCUUCUCCUCGGUGUGUCUUUGACUGAUGUUAAAAUGCGCAAUUAGCUUUUUCAUGCCACUGUAGUUGGGAACAACUUCUUGGAUCAAGUCCACUUACACCAUUGACAGACACCAGUCAUCCAGUAAACAACAUUGUAAUCAGUCAGAAUUGAUGGUGCUUUAGUUUUUCACCUGAAAAUUUUGGUUCUGACAUUUUUGUUUUAUUUUCUGUAACAGUUUUAUUAAUGAUAUAAAGAAAUUAAGCAGAUUAGUGCAUUUGUACACUGGCACAAUAUUUGAAUGUUGUGUUUUUUUUUUUAGUUUGUUUUUCAUGCUAAGCUUUACACUUUGGGUGAGUGUGAGAAAGAAAGACAGCGUUGCAAAAAAUGUGUAUUAGGGAGUUACCAGAGACAUAUAAGAUGCACAUGUACAUACUUUUACUUAGUUAAUGAAUAUAUUUGAACAGUUUGGUUAUCUUUCCUAGUAUAACAGUGUUUCAUAUCUUUUCUUUGUGAUUUGUUCUUAUUUUAAUGUGUCUUGUUAAAUUAGAUUGAUAAUGCAAGCUGUUUAUUUCAAUACAGAAUUCCUCUACUUGGAAAAAUCAAUUUCUGCCAAUAUUAUUGGAGAGCAUGAACAGCAAAGCUGUAACAAGAGGUUGUCUUACUAUGAGAGCAGCAGGCUGAAAAGAUGCUUCUUCCAUCCAGUAGUUACAAUAACAAAUGAAUAAUAGUCUUUAUUCUUAGUUUAUGUAUGAAUUGAUGGAGCCAAAUAGUAAACAGCACUUAUUUAAAUUUCUUAUGGCUGAUGUUCAGAUUACUUUUAUUUUCAGGGCUGAGUUGAAUGUUUUGUUUAAACACUGAGUAAAUUUAAAGCCAUGUUUGUCGCAGAUGCUUUCUGUUGAACAAGUAUUUCUGUUGGGCUCUAAAGUGUGGUAAAAGUUAUCAAAAUGACUAAUACCCACUGUUUUUUUCUCAUUCCUGGCACAUUGCUGAAAAUUAUUACUUAUUAUUUAUUUAUUUUGGCGCUCCAUUUGUUGCCAAACAGUUGAAUAAAACUAUCCUGUCUGUCUCUGCUCUUGUUACCAGGAAUUGUACAAUGGCAGGUUCAAAGUACAGAAACCUCAUUUUUUUAAGCCCAGUAGAGAACACAUUACAUUAAAUAGCUGAUCAUUUCUUAAGACAGUUAGAGGUCAAAUGCAUUAAUUAGUUGCUAAGAGGGAAAUAAGCAUUUACCCAUUGCUUUAGAAGGAUACAUUCUAACCUGAAAUAAACAUAAGUGAAUUUAAUAUUGACUUGCUUACCUGAGCAGCAAAGCAUUUAUACUAUAACUUUAACAAAAUACAGAAUACCAUUAUUUGUUAGUGCUGAGAUAUGAUUUACAUAUAACUAGUGGUUAAAGAUGCAAGAUCAGUAAAAGGACAAAGUAUGGAACAGUUGCCAAUUGGAAAUUAAGACCAUAAUCUACCAGCACGUUUAAAAUUUUAUGUUAGACAAGGUUUAUAGGUGGCAGGCAGUGUAUUUUUGUUAUCUGGAGGCAUUUUUUAACAUUCUUGCAUGUGUGUGGUAUUAAUUAUGCCGCUUGGCAUACCUAGCCACUAAAAAUGCAACAUUUUAUUGACCACUUUUAUUUACCAACCAUUGCUACAGUUCAGCUCUGGUACACGUAACAUGUGGCAUUGAGAACUGCUUUUCACACUUCUAGUUAACUGUUAUUCAUUCAGCUUUGGGUGCCAUCAGCAACUAACUUUACUAAUUUCAUUAAUGAGAUCAGGUAAAAAAAAUGGAUACUUUUGGGUACACUCCGUCUUUCACUUCUUGCCAUUCAUAACUGAAACUGGCUUGUCUGACUCUAUUGACCUUGUGGCUUGGCUGUUCCUUAUAGUGGACUUGUAAACUGAAGCUUAGAGUUCCAUUUUGGUAUCCGAAAGAAUUACAUACAUCUGUCUGUUGCUGUAUUGCCAAGCUUAUUUACCCUGGUAUAAGUGUAUUACAGUGCAUAUUACAUAUGUUGCAUUAUUACAUUAGAUGACAUCUGUAAUCAGUGGCUCAGUAAGCAUAAUUGUUGACAAUUCCAAACUAGAGUGUUACAAUAGUAGAGGGUUUUGCAUCUGUCAUCUGAGCAUUUGCCACAGCAUUAUUCUCCUGAAUUUGAGGUUUUUACAACUGGCAUUAUUUUUCUUAUUUGUCUUGUUAACCUUGUUUGGUAACGUUUUGUUUUAAGUUAAUAAAUGACAACUCUUUUAAUGAUGA